CCCUUUAAGGCGUCUGUCUGCUGGCUGGCUGGAGCUGUGUGUCCAAUGAUGUAUAUUUAAAUCGUUGGUUGUGUCUCGCACUGCUGUCAAUACCACACCACCCAACAUAUUAAUGCAAUGCAAUGGGAAUAUAACGAUCAUGGCUAAGAAACAAAUAUUGUUAACGCUUUUCGUCCUGGGCUUAUUCAGAAGUUAUGAUGCUUUGUGGUGUAACUGCACCACGGCCCAGUGUCAGAAGACUGGCUCCCAGUGUGAGACUGAUGGGGCCUGCAUGGCCUCCACGUCCUUCAUCGACGGCCAAGAGCAGCACAUUCGUAUCUGCAUCACCCGGGACAAGCUGGUACCCCCGGGCCAGCCCUUCUACUGCCUGAGUGCUGAGGGCCUCCUCAACACACACUGCUGCUACACUAACUACUGCAACAGCCUCAACCUCAAAGUUCCCUCUGUGACUUUGCGGCCGGGCCUGGGGGGCGGCUUUGGCCCUGAUGGUACAUGGGGUCCAGUGGAGCUGGUGGCAGUGGUCGCAGGGCCCGUCUGCCUGCUGUGUGUGCUGCUAAUCAUGGCUGUGUUCCUGUUCCAGUACCACCAGAGGGCCUACAGCCACAGGCAGAGGCUGGAGGUGGAGGACCCCUCCUGUGACCACCUCUACAUGGCCAAGGACAAGACCCUGCAGGACCUCAUCUAUGACAUGUCCACCUCUGGAUCAGGAUCUGGCCUCCCUCUGUUUGUCCAGCGGACGGUAGCCAGGACCAUCGUGCUGCAGGAGAUCAUAGGGAAGGGGCGUUUCGGAGAGGUAUGGCGCGGCCGCUGGAGAGGAGGAGACGUGGCGGUGAAGAUCUUCUCAUCCAGAGAGGAGCGCUCCUGGUUCCGGGAGGCUGAGAUCUACCAGACCGUCAUGCUGCGCCACGAGAACAUCCUGGGAUUCAUCGCCGCAGACAACAAAGAUAAUGGCACAUGGACCCAGCUGUGGCUGGUGUCAGACUACCACGAGUACGGCUCUCUGUUUGACUACCUGAACCGCUACUCUGUGACCAUCGAGGGCAUGAUCAAACUGGCACUGUCGGCUGCCAGCGGCCUGGCACACCUGCACAUGGAGAUCCUGGGCACGCAGGGUAAGCCUGGUAUUGCCCACCGGGACCUCAAGUCUAAGAACAUCCUGGUGAAGAAGAACAGUACAUGUGCCAUCGCUGACCUUGGGCUGGCAGUGCGCCACGAGUCCACCACUGACACCAUAGACAUCGCUCCCAACCAGAGAGUGGGCACCAAGAGGUACAUGGCCCCUGAGGUUCUGGAUGAGAGCAUCAACAUGAGGCAUUUUGAUUCGUUUAAGUGUGCAGACAUCUACGCUCUGGGCCUGGUGUACUGGGAGAUCACACGCCGCUGCAACGCUGGAGGUAUCCAUGAGGAGUACCAGCUGCCCUACUAUGAUCUGGUGCCCUCUGACCCCUCCAUAGAGGAGAUGAGGAAGGUGGUUUGUGACCAGAAACUACGGCCCAACGUGCCCAACUGGUGGCAGAGCUACGAGGCCCUGCGUGUAAUGGGGAAGAUCAUGAGGGAGUGUUGGUACGCCAACGGAGCCGCCCGCCUCACCGCCCUGCGCAUCAAGAAGACCCUGUCCCAGCUGAGUGUCCAGGAGGACAUCAAAGUCUGAGAGGUUUCUGUCCCAAAGACCUGAGGAGAGCGCUAGGGACUCUGUCCCGCACUAAAGUAUACUGAGAGAGAAAGAGCGGGGGACAGUGUCUUUUCCAAUGAACGCACAAGUUAACAAAAGAAAAGAAUGAAAUGACAAAAGCAAAAUGUAAAAAGAACAUGAUAUAAAAACUUUCCUGCCAGUCUUUUUAAAGCCACCACUGUUUGAGUUGUGACCAGCCCUACCUCGCCUAUUCAGCCAAAACUACUGACAACCCCUGUCCUUCCCUGUCCGCAACCUACCCCACCCUUCUGUCCCUGCAGCCCCCCUUCCCCGUUCUGUUCCUACUAAAAUGGCUGCCAACAAUUACUGCUACUACUACUACUACUGCCCCUGACAAUGCCCAUGUUAAUCUCAAUGGCAGGAUAUAUACUGUAUACAACUGUGUAUUUAUUAACAGAAUGUGUAAUUUAAUUCUAAACCAUUUUUUUUCUUAGUAACUUUCCACAAGACUUAUCAAAGGACACUAAUGGUUUUAUCCUAUACAUUAAUUUAUUUUUGUUCUCUUUAUCUUUAUACUGUAUUCAUGCCAUGUUGACUCGAUGUUGGGAGAGGUCUGACUGCUUUCGGUGUUUUCUUUGUCAGGGAGUAUAUAAGGGGAAGGUACAGUCUUUCUAUUAAUUCUGUGUUAGGGGUCAUUCCACCAAUUCAGUGCCUUUUGAGAUAUCAAACUUGGUGGGGGAAAAACAUUUGAUUUCACCUCAUUUUUACAUUCUGUCAUAAAGAGCACAUGUUCAACUUAAUAAAAAAACAUGUUUUCCCAUCUCGAGGUUAAAUCAAAUUUAAAAAGACUAUAGUAUGUGCCUAAUUAAGUAAAGUGUAUAUAGGUUGACGAUUUCUUCUUUAAUCAGCCAUGAAUCCUCUUGUGACUGGAAAUGGAAGCUUAUUGUGUGCAACAGGGAGGGGAAAUUGAAUGCAAGCUUCACAACAAAUAUUUUAAAAGAUUCUAGCCUGUCUAUCUAUGAGUAACAUGGUUGACUUGACCCACUCAGUUUUCCACCACAAAACACCAGAAAAUGUCCAGAAAGAGUAGAACCUGCUCACUUACUUUUACACUAUGAUUUGACUAUUAGAUGUUCAGAGUUCCACCAUAUUAAAACGAGAGUUCAAUUAACGUAACGUAACGGGGGGGGGUCCUUAAAAUGAAUAGUCAUUUCUGAAGAUUAUAUAUUGUAAAAUGGGAUUAUCAGAGCAAAAAAAUUUAUGGUGCUUUGCAAUUAUGGUGAAAACUUGGAGCAAUGUUGAUGUUAAAAACCUCUACAGGUUAGGGUUAGUAACAGUAAACUUUCCAGGACAUAGACAUGUCUUUAUAUAGGCAGGAAGUUUAAAUUCUUGUUAAUCUAACUGCACUGUCCAAUUUACAGUAGCUAUUAGAGCAAAAAAAUACUAUGCUAUUGUUUGAGGAGAGUGCACAACAAACUUUUAUCACAGCAACUGUUUUGAUACAUUCACCUCUGAAGGUAAAUAAUGUACUUACAUUCAGUAAUCUUGCUCUGAUUUGUCACCCUGAGGGUCCCAGAGAUAAAAAUGUAGGAACUGGGUUGUACAGUUUGAACCCUUACUGUCUCUGCUCCACACCCACCCCGCCCGGCCAUCUAGAUGUGUGAAAGUUAGGUUAUACACUAAUGAUCCAUCAUGUAUGACAUUCCUGGGAGUGUGUCAACUUAAAUGUUGUAUUACCAUAUUUUUGUAUGUUCUCUAUUGUUAUGUACUUGAAAAUGUAUCAAUUGACCAGUUCGGCACAUUUGGGCAAACUUGAUACAAAAUAUUGUCCAGUAUUGGUAUGCUUCAAUGGAUCAAUCUCAAACUUUGCACACACACUGCUAAAUUGCACCUAAACUGCAAUAUUAUAUUAUGGCCUUUCUCUUGCAUUUCAAAGAUGGUGUGAGAAAAAAUAGAAAUUGCAUGUUUUUCUGUUCGUAUUAUCUUUUACCAUAUCUAAUGUGUUAUUCUCCUACACUAAUUUCACAUUUCCACAAACUUCAAAGUGUUUCCUUUCAAAUGGUAUCAAGUAUAUGCACAUCAUUGCUUCAGGUCCUGAGCUAUAGGCAGUUAGAUUUGGGUAUGUCAUUUUAGGUGAAAAUUGGAAGGGAAAAAGGGAACGAUCCUUAAGAGGUUUUAAGUGGGUAAAAAUCUUCCUGGAAGUCAGAGGGUGCAUGGAGGGACAAUUCAAAAUGCUGGCACUUUAACAGAAAAUCUGAUUGAUUGAAUUCUCCCUGUGGUCUAUAUUAAAGGGUACUUCAUUGAAUAUAACAGUCUUUUAAAAUUCAAUUAUUGGUGCACAAUUUCUAUUUAAAAUAUCAAAGGGAAGCAAAAGGCACUCAUUUGUGGAAAUGAUCAAGUUGUAGACUGAUCUCUCUGUUGUACAUAUAAACUAAGAAAUUGUUUUUUAAAUCAAUGAGGACCAAGUCUUCCUCAUUUAUCGGGUCAUGUUAUCUAUCAUUUAUGGUAGCAGUGGACUGUGAGUCACUGAGAGAUCAGCUUACAUAGUUUCUUUAAAUCUAAGUUUCCCAUUACUACAUCCAUUGUUGUAAUGGAACUCCUAUUGCCCACUUAGAGGCAGGAAUGGUCCAUACAAACACCUGGCUCUAUGGUAUUUCAUGACGAAGGACUGUAUUGUAGCCAUUUUGUAAACACUCACAUCAAUUGCUGUUAUGAUGAUUUUUUUUUCUUUUUUCUUUCUCACAAUACCUCCAUGUAUGUUUCCCCUCAUGUUAUAUUCUCCCUGACCGAGUAUUAUCACUGUACAUACAAUAACUUUUUUAGGUGUGACUAUAUAUGACCCUUUUUUUAAAUUUGAGUUUCCAUUGAUAUUUUAAUAAUGUUUUGGAAUGUUUACCAACAGUUACACUGGUUACUGGUCUUGGAUGGGAGACAAUUGGAGAGGCUUAUAUGUGCUGUCAAUCAACCACUGAUAAACCAAUGGAAUAUCUACAAAGCAACACUACUGUAUACUGAGUCAUUGAAAGCACAUACUGAGUCCCUCCUAUUUGAUGUCUCCCAUUACUAUAGAACAGUAUUUGAUUUUUUUGUCUAUUCCACUCCAUAUUCAUAAAUUAUACCCCACCUACAUUACCUCUUUGAUAUGCAAAUUGUAAAUAGUUUGUAUGAUGGAUGAUGAUUUAUCUGUCAAAUCUUGUUUUCACCAUGUAUUCUGUUUUCAGGAAAAUAAUAUGUACUGUUAAUUUUGUCGCUUUAUUUUAUUUUUCGUUGAGCACAAACUCAAAAGGUACUGCUGACGUGAAGUCUUCUUCCUUGUGUUCCUAAUCCUGCCAGUUUAUUGCGAGUUCCUAGAAAAGUCUCUGCAGGGCCAAUGUGUGCACUACUCACUCACAGCACCUCAACCAAACUGUUCUCAACACCCAUCACUGUUUUACUGCAGAUCACACCAGUGACAACAGAGGGUGUUUAUAAUAUAUUAAUUAAGCAUUUUAAUCAGUUAUUCAGAUUUGGUGAUUGGUAAAUACCGCUCACAGAUUUCUUCACAUUUUCAUAAAGCUAAGUAACAGUGAAGUGAAGAGUCCCCAGACCCUCUGUAAAGAGUGCUUAUUCAGUGUGGCUGUAGCACAAAAAGAUUGUUGUUUGUGGUAAAAUUAAUACUACUGAUACUUAUCAAUGCUGUUCCACAGGAAAUAUAUAUGGCCUGGAUGCAUUUAUUUGAUUUAAUGUGUUAGUUUAUGACCAUGUCACGCUCGUCUGUACUGUAUAUUAUUUGUUUAUAGUUCUUGGGUGAUGGCCAAGAGGACGUGCGUACAUGUGCAUAUUUUUCCUGAAAAUGUGGUUGCUUAUGGUUUUGGCUGUGAGUGGUAGACGGGGCCUGGGUGUUGUCUGCGUACUGUUAGGUGAGUUCAGAUUUUCUGUCCUUGGUUGGGAAGUGAUCCUAUGUAAACAUCAUAGGCCAUGGAUGGGAUGUGUCUCUGGCCUUGUGUCUCUACAUCACAUACUGUUAAGGGGAAUUAUGACAAGAUGAACUGUUGUAUGCUGUUGUAUUACACUAUGGAGUGUUUAAGCAAUAAGGCACGAGGAGGUGUGGUAUAUGGCCAAUAUGGCCAAUAUACCACGGCUAAGUGCUGUUCUUAUGCACGAUGCAACGCAGAGUUCCUGGAUACAGCCCUUAGCCCUGAUAUAUUGGCAAUAUACCACAAACCUCCGAGGUGCCUUAUUGCAAUUAUAAACUGGUUACCAACAUAGAGCAGUGAAAAUAAAUAUUUUGUCAUACGGUUUGAUAUACCACGGCUGUCGGCCAAUCUGCAUUCAGUGCUCGAACCACCCAGUUAAUGAAGUGACGAAUGAUGAGAACGCCCAGGUCUCUGUCCAGACAUCUGGACAAAGAAAUCAAAAUAAGCUUUUAAAACCAAGUGAAAACCUUUUCAGGACUAGUAUCCAAUCAUGUAUAUCGGUAAUAUUAUAUAGCCUAUAGUAAUAAAUACAACUGUUUUCCUA